AUGUCGAAUUCGCACCACUCGAGCUGCUCGAGCCGAACGGGCGGCGCCCUUCGCCGCUGCGACUGCGGAGAGGAUCUUUCGGAGAGCGACAAACUGUGGAACGACUUCGAGGGGUGUGCUCAGGCGGUCGCGCGGCUCUACUCGGACUCCUCCUGGCGAAAUUUCCGUGGCGCCGCCGAGGGAACCACACAGUUGUACAAGGUUUGUGCUGCUUUUAGAGAAACUUCUGGAUUUUCCUGCUGUACUUGUUUUUCACCAGUUUUUCUUGACCCGACUGAAAAAGCCCUUAAAAAAACACGGAAUUAGUUUCGUAUGAUCAAACCAGACAAACGUUGCAACAAUUUGUGAUUUGCGCUAUAAAAUUGUAUGAAACUGUAAUAGUUUGCAUGUUUUUCCGUGUUGCAGACGUCGACGGACUCGUACCGGCGCGGCUUCGAAAAGGGCUUCACGUCGGGCUGCACGAGCAUAGCGAAAGAGAUCCUGCAGGCGUUCCGCGACCCGGCAAAGAUCGAUAUGAACAUUGUUCUGGAGGUGCUCUACAGGAACAUGGCCAUUCCGAGGGACGAGCGAAUAACGGUCAACCCGCAGAACGGCAUUUCCGGCGACACUCUCGCCGCCGUCGAACUCUUCCAGCAGGUUUGCCCUUUUCUCUUUUCUUAUAAAAACGGUAUUAGGCUGAGAAAACAGCCGUGAACAUUUUCCUUGCUUUUUGGAAAAAAUCUGACGAAAAACGAGUGUUUCCCUAAAUUUCUUCAAUUUUCAGGCGCUGAAUCAGCCGCCGCCGUCGCCGCUCAACGCACUUCCGCCGACGUCCAGAGAGCAGGGAACGGACACGUUGGACGAGUUUCUCGCCAAUCAGGUACUUUGACUUAUUCUCUAAAUUGUUAUCACCUUCUUCGCCAUACUCUUGAAAAUCCUGUAAAUCCCGGAAAGGACGAACACUUUCAGAAGCCUAUAAAAAUUCCCGAAAUCGUCGGUAUUUCAGGUGCAACGUCACCGAAAACGUCAACGCUCGCCCACGUCUGCCUCCUCGUCGCCCACGUCGCAAAUGAAGCGCCAACGUCGUGCCUGA